UGGGUAAUUUUCGUCUGAACAACGAACCAGGCAAAGCUCAACUACACUGGAUCCUGAGGAAACGGGCUUUACGUCGGGACUUCUGUGGGACUUAAAAUGAAGGGUAUUUUGAUUGCACAACUUUGCAUCAUUUUCUAUCUCAUGACCGCGAAUUUGCUGAAUUCGGAGCACGUUAAAGACGAUACGAGGCCCCAAAGUGAUGAAGGACUUCAAGGCAACAUUGACAAACAAGCGGAGCUGAAAAAGACUGUAUACCCUGAAGAAGAAAUUAAGAGAAUUGCCAAAGCACGAUCGAGUAGAAGACGUCGACGGCAUGUACGUCGUGUGCGCCGUCCCCGCUGUCKUCCUGGCCACGUUUAUUCGUUCAAAGAGUACACUCGCAAGCUAAAAAAGCUUGGACUGUGGAAUAUUCCUGGCAUAAAAAUCAAAGAGGUCUCUCAUAAAAGGAUAUUGAGGCAACCUGCRAGGGUCUACGGGAAACUGAGGUGUUAUAAAAGGAAAGGAAAACGAGCGAAUCUGUACGACCUUUGCCACCCCUGUAAGAAGCCACUGAAAUUAAAGAUCCAUUCUAAAAUCAAUGCUGUGAUCGAUGUUAYAGAAGUCGUUUGCAAAAAUCAAGAAUGCAUCAGAUAUGAGGAAAGACCUUUGGGAAAGUGUGUGCCAUUGCUCCAUCAAGUUCGCUUGCCGGUGCCAGAUGGCAAMUGUGGCWUAAAGUUYGAAACGUUCGAAUGGAAUAUMGCCUGUGUGUGCAAAUCUUAUCAUCGAUUCUUAAGUCAAUAAGGGAUCAUAUAACCAUUGGAGCCAUCUCAUUUUUAGAUGUAAUCAAAAACAAAUUCAUUGAAGUCAUGCACACCCUGCGAACAGAGUGUUAUUUACCUUACCUCAGUAAAAAAACGCGAAUUUUACACUAUAUUAACACUUUGUUAGCAGGGUAAGUCAUGCACAGACUAAAUCUUGAUUAUACCAUUUUUUUCUACUUUAAUUGUAGCCAAACAGCUGUGGUGCACUUAAUCUAUAUCUGAACUGUAAAAUAAUACUUGCUUAUAAAGUAAAUUAUUAUUUUUAUUAUUAUUAUAAGAUGGAGUCGUAUUAGCGCAAAUAAAAGGAAGAAACAGGA